UCGUUUCCAUGGAAACGCUGUAACGCUGCUGCUAGUCGCAAUGGAGUUUACAGGCAGCAGUUACUGCGGCUCUUACAGAAAUGGCAGGAUGGAGGGGAAAGGAGAGUAUAAGCUCCCCACACAGACCAGAUAUGAAGGGGGGAUGAAGGAUGGCAUGUUUCACGGAAAAGGAGUUCUAUACUUUCCCAACGGAAGCAAAUAUGAGGGAAUAUGGGAAAAAGGAAUAUGCAGACAGGGCAAUUACACCUUCUCAGAUGGACUGCAGUACCAGGAGACAGACUGGGAUUACUGUGAUGGCUAUGAUCGACGCUUCUACACUGAGAGAUGCCAUGGGCUGAAACCUGCAGGAGAAUCUCAGCUGACCAAUAAGGACCCCCCUCGGCUCAUUCCUGACGGCUGCUAUGACUGCGGAGAUGGAUUCUACAAUCCUAACACCAGAGUGGUCAGUGACUACAAGGGGAACUUUCUUAGAAAUGCUGACAAAGAGGAGCAUGAGUGGAUAGUGCGGAGCUGCCGGAAGAGCUGGGACGAGUUUGUGGGGCGUUUUUCUGGCAACAGCAGCCCAGAGGAACAGGGAGCUUCACACACAGGCCUGUCCUCAGUCUGAUCUGAUUUACAAUGCACUUUAAUUUCACACACUUAAACUAACCACAACAUAAUAAUGGCACUGCAAUAAAGCAGGCUGUCAUGAUAAAGCUCUGCAUUUGUCCCGCUUUGUUUUUAAAAUUUCAUAUGGGGUAAUAUGCAUUUGUGGGGUAAUUGAUUUAUGUGCUAUGAGCAGUGCUAUACUUAGGAGAAUUUCUAGAUAAUGCAUUUUACAAAUAGGCAGAUCACACAUGGUAAAGUAGACCUGUUCUAAAUGCAGGCUGAAGUAAUAAUUUAGUAAUAUACCUAACUAUAAUGUAAUAUAACAUAAAACAUAAAAUCACUCAGAUUCAGUGUUUAAAUUGCAUGCUUGAAGGUUUCAAAAGUUCAAAUAGAAGUUCAUAUAUUGAAAUAGGUUGUAAGAUUGCAAGUAGUUCAGUUUUAGACUCCACUCCACCAUGUGUUAUUAAAGCAAUAAGGCACAAGAAACUGUGUUAAUCACUUCUUUUUAAUUAUAGUUACUUCUGGCAAACGAUGUGGUUUAACAGUAGGCUGCAGCUGCCAAGCAACAUAACGGUCAAAGAUUAUUUCAUGAACAGCACAUGGUUUUUCAUAACUUAUAAUAUUUUAUGAUGUAAUAUAAACUUAUAAACUUUAUAAUACCUUUUCUUAGGACACAACUGAUAUAAUUUGCUUUUUCAAUUUUCAGUAUACUCAGAAGUUCUCUGUAUUUUCUAUAUGUCA